AUGGAGACCUUCUUUCUGCUGCUACUUGGCCUGGGGUUGGUUUUUGCAGGACCUUCAGAAAGCAUAAUGGAGAUAACUGAAGAAGAAUUUUCAGAGGAAGAGAUGCAAAAUGACAUGGCAAAAAGUGACCAGGAAAAACAGACCAUCGAAGUCUUAAUACAUUUGACUCUGUUAUGUAAAAAUACCAGCCUCAGCAGGUCCAAAGAUAUUAUGUCUUCCUCAUUAUUGACAUUCAGAAGAUUACGUUGUAGCUUCCCCAUCAAAAGCAGUCUAUGUAAUAACAAAAAUUACUGCAGCAACAUGACAGCCGGGAGAAAAGUUUCAGAAACUAAUGGGCCAUUCAAGUUGAGCAAUAACUUGAUCCAUGGCUCCGUGGACGUGGUCGGCGGGGUCGCCAAGGCCCCCAGCUGCAAGUGUGGACAGAAUCUUGGCAUAUGCUGCUCUGAGAGCCCAGAACUGGGGACCACUACAUGACAGUUCACUAAGGGCAAACAAUUCUCCAGUUACCAACACCACAGUGUUACCUCAUUAAAGAAGAUUUUGGUGAUGCUGACUAGUUAUUCUCUGAUGAGCUGGUUAGUUAGUGGCUCUAACCUGUAA